AUUAAUAACUCCUCAGGUUUGUUUUGAUAGACAGAGAGAUUAGAAAAUACUCCUUACAUUUUUGUAACGUUGUGUAAUUUUAAUGUUGUUCUUAAAAUUGUUAUUUAGUCGAAGAAAGGCCAUAAUUUCAUUUGAAUGUAUUUCACACACCCCUCUAAUCACCAUGGUUUUUCCCAUCAUGGACGCCGUUUACUGACGGUGAAAUCGUUGCUCCUAAACAUUCAGAGAUCUAUAUCUAUGCUUUAGGUCUCUGCCACACAGCAUCAUGAGUGAGUUGAAGGACUGCCCCCCACUGAAAUACUACGACUUCAAGCCCGUCGAGCAUGUGAAGGUGUGUCCCCGCUAUACUGCUGUGCUCGGCCGCUCAGAGGACGAUGGCAUCGGCAUUGAGGAGCUGGACACCCUGCAGCUGGAGCUGGAGACGCUCCUGUCCUCAGCCAGCCGCCGCCUCCGAGCCCUGGAGGAGCAGAGACAGAUCCUCACAGACUGGCAGGACAAGAAGGGAGAUAAGCGCUUUCUGAAGUUGGGAAAAGAUCCAGACCCUGCUGCCUCCUCUCGCCACAAACCAAAGAAGCAGAAGUUGGACGGCAAAGGCGGUCACGGGCCAGGUCCAGGUCCUGGCAGACCCAAAUCCAAAAAUCUGCAGCCUAAAGUCCAAGAGUACGAAUUUACAGACGAGCCACAAGACAUUCCCCGCACUCCUAAAAAUGAUGCACCCAACAGAUUUUGGGCAUCAGUCGAGCCAUAUUGUGCUGAUAUCACAAAUGAAGAGAUACGAUUGCUAGAAGAGCUUCUGAAACCCCCGGAGGAUGAAGCUGAAUAUUUCAAAAUUCCAGCACUGGGGAAACACUACUCUCAGCGGUGGGCUCAGGAAGAUCUGCUGGAGGAGCAGAGGGAAGGAGCGCGAGCCACCGACAAGAAAAAGAGCCUCAUGGGGGGGCCGCUGUCGGAGCUGGACGCAAAAGAUGUGGACUCCCUGUUGAAAAAGUCAGAGUCCCAACAUGACUCUCCAGAAGACGGAUGUCCCUUUGGUCCUCUCACGCAGCGUCUGCUCCAGGCCCUUGUAGAGGAGAACAUUAUAUCACCCAUGGAGGAUUCUCCUAUACCCGACAUUUCAGGGAAGGAUGCUAAUGAUGGCGCUGGGACUUCUCCUCGAAGCCAAGGAAAAGCUUUUAGUGUUCCUCACACACGUUCUUUGGAGGCUCGGAUCAAAGAGGAGCUGGUGGCUCAGGGGCUGCUGGACUCUGAGGAGCGACCUGGACCAGGAGGAGACUCUGAGGACGAGGUCCUGGCAGAGCUGCAGAAAAGACAAGCAGAGCUCAAAGCCCUGAGUGCUCACAACAGAGCCCGUAAGCAGGAGCUGCUCCGGUUGGCGAAAGAGGAGAUGCGCAAACAGGAGCUGAGGCAGAGAGUCAGGGUGUCUGACAAUGAAGUCAUGGAGGGAUUUCGAAGAAUCAUGGCAGCCAGGCAGAAGAAACGCACUCCAACCAAGAAGGAGAAGGACCAGGCCUGGAAAGCACUGAAGGAGAGGGAAAGCAUUCUUAAGUUACUGGAUGGAUAGAGGAAGAAACAGUCCGUGUCUGGGUUUUUAAUCCAGAAAAAAUGUCGCAAGAAGCAUCUUUUCCCCACAUAUUGACACAGAUUAGAACAGCUGUUACAUGGUCAGUGAACAGCUGUAUCUAUGAUGAUGUAUGAUACAGUUUACUGCAGGUCUGCAUGAUUUAAGUAGAAACAUUUCUGUAGAAAUAUUCUCAGUAGAUCAGUAAUAUUUAGUGUGCAUCAGAGACCUGUUCUCCUUUUGUUGAAUUUGUUCUUUUCGUCAGCAGAAUUUUUAUGUUGCUUUUUAUUUUGUUUUCCAUUGUAAUGUUAUGAAAACAAUACACAUGAACGUUUGAAUAAAUCAGUACCACUUAAAGAAA